AUGAAGACCACCUCUUUCGCCCUCUUCGCCCUCACCGCUGUGACUCAAGUGUUGGCGGCAGCCACUGGCACUCAAAGCGAUGCGGACCGAGCACUCGCUUGCGCGUCGCCCUCGACGGCGGUGCCCCUCUUGCGAGGCUACAAUGGAAACUGGCGCGACCAUUUCUACACCGCCGACCGCAACGAGAUGAACAACGCCGUCAGCAACAUCGGGUACACCGCCGAAGGCACCGCGGCGUAUGUGUUCCCUGGCACUACCGGCAGUGAUGGAACCACGCCUUUCUAUCGCCUCUGGAACCCCACCCACACCGACCACUUCUACACAACCUCUGCCACGGAGGUGUCCAGCGCCGUCCUCCAGAAUGGAUACGAAUACGAAGGAAUUGCCGGCUACAUCUACCAGAACGCCAACUGCGGCGGCGUCCCACUCUUCCGCCUCUACAGUGGAAGCAGCGUCGAUCACUUUUACACGACCUCCGCGAGCGAGCGCGACAAUGCGAUAAGGAAUUUGGGGUACAAUGAUGAAGGCGUUUCGGGAUAUGUUUUGCCAGUUUAG